UCACAGUGGACGCAUGUGUCACUGUUGGUACUUUUUGUUUCUGAGAAAUCGAAAGUCCAGCAGUGUGUGAGCUGUGCUGGGCUGAGAGAUGGCCGAGGCUCUUCCCAAAGACGCGGACGCGCUUUCUUGCUCGGUUUGCUUGGAUCUGCUGAGGAGCCCGGUGACUCUGCAAUGCGGCCACAGCUACUGCAUGGACUGCAUCAAUGGUUACUGGGACCAGGAGGACCAGGAGGGCGUGUGCAGCUGCCCCCAGUGCAGACACACAUUCACCCCAAGACCCACACUCAGCAGAAACACGGUGCUGGCUGAGCUGGUGGGGAAGGUCCAGAUGGGGAGCAGGACCGGGCCCGGUGCUGGACCUCAGCGGGGUGCAGGCUGCGGGCCCGGGGAGGUGGAGUGUGACUUCUGCACGGUGAGGAAGCUCAAAGCCGUCAAGUCGUGCCUGGUGUGUCUGGCCUCGUACUGCGCCACUCACCUGCAGCCGCACUACGAGUCUGCGGCCUUCAAGAGACACAAGCUGGUGGAAAUCACAGCGUCCAUCCAGGAGAGGAUCUGCGCCAAGCACGACAAGCUGCUGGAGGUGUACUGCCGCACCGACGCGCAGUGCGUCUGCCUGCUGUGUGUCAUGGACGACCACAGGGGCCAUGACACCGUGUCAGCUGCGGCAGAGAGGACGGAGAGACAGAAACAGUUUGGAAAGAAAAAGCGAAACUACCAGCAGAGAAUUCAGGAGAAAGAGAAGCAGCUGCGGCAGCUGAGACAGACCAUGAAGACACUGCAGGGCUCUGCAGAGGCGGCGAUUGAUGAAAGUGAGAAAACGUUUGCUGAGAUGAUCCUGUCUGCGCAGAAAAGGUGCAGCGCCGUGAGGGAGCUGGUCAAAGUCCAGGAGAAAGCCGUGAUGAGCCAUGCCGAGGGGCUGGUGGCUCGUCUGGAGACCGAGAUAGAGGAGCUGAAAAGGAGAGAGAACGAACUGAAGCAGCUCUCACUGUCCGAGGAUCACAUCCACUUCCUGAAGACGUGCCAGGCUGUUUUUGACCCUCCAGAGUCGGAUGAUGCGUCUGAUACCAGUGCUCAAGUACACAUGCCCUUUGAGUUUGUGCGGAAAGCAAUUUGUGAUGCAAGAGACAGACUGGACAGCAUGGCCCGGGCUGUCGCUGAAAUAUCCGAGAAAAUGCAAAUUGAGUGUGAUCCCACGACAAGACAGGAGUUUUCCAUCUAUUCCUGUCAGCUCAGUUUGGAUCCCAACACGGCAUCUGAAAACCUCCUGCUGUCUGAGGGAAACACCAGGGUGACGUGGAGCAAAAGGGCCCAGAGGUACCAGCGGCACCCUGAGCGGUUCACACAGUUGGACCAGGUGCUGUGCGCCGAGGCCUUAAUUGGAGUUUGCUACUGGGAGGCUGAGUGGAAGGGCCAAAGGGUCGAGGUGGCCGUCUCCUACAAAGGGACGAGGCCGGAUGAGUGUGGCUUUGGCUACAGCGACCGGUCCUGGUGCCUGUCCCUGUCACCGACCAGCUGCACUUUCUGGCACAACAGCACCAGGACGAAUAUAAGCGUCCCUUUCUCCUGCAGAGUGGGAGUGUAUCUGAACCACUCGGCAGGGGUCCUGUCUUUCCACAGCGUGUCACAGUGUGGCAAGAUGACGCUCCUCUACAAAGUGCACACCACAUUCUCUCAGCCUGUUUACGCCGGCUUCAUGGUCAACAGAGGAGCCUCUGUGAAGAUAUUGCAGCCGGAGGGAGGGCACUCAGUAGCAACAGCACCAAUAAUCUAAUGUGCACUUUCUGUUUAAAGUUUAGUAAAUUUAACAUACAAUAUCAACAUUUCAUUUAAAAAUGGCUUAAAAAUUUGCUAAUAACUGAUAUGAAUUAGUGAGAUAUGGUUUUAUGCAAGCAGUCUGUUUAGGUUAGGUGUGUGUGCUUAUUAAAGUGAAAAAAAAAAACAAAAAAACAUCCACUUUGUUAGUUUUUGAUUCACCUUUGUGUU